AUGGCGGUGGCUCCAGCCUGGGCACCGCGAUCCUCACCGCCGCUGCUUACGCUAUUGCUAUUGCUGCUGCUGGGGAUGUCGCCCUGCAGCAGUAUGGUGGCUCGGGACCCUCGGGCGGCCGCGCUCAGCCUGCACCCACCCUACUUCAAUCUGGCCCAGGCGGCAAGGAUCUGGGCCACCGCUACCUGCGGAGAGCGGGGUCCGGAGGUCGCAAGGCCUCGGCCGGAGCUUUAUUGCAAAUUGGUGGGCGGCCCAACGGCACAGGGCAGUGGCCACACUAUCCAGGGCCAGUUCUGUGACUAUUGCAAUUCUGAGGAUUCCAGGAAGGCACAUCCUGCCAUCCACGCGAUUGAUGGAUCUGAACGCUGGUGGCAAAGCCCUCCACUCUCUUCAGGCACUCAGUACAACCAAGUCAACCUCACCUUGGAUCUGGGUCAGCUUUUCCAUGUGGCCUAUGUUUUAAUCAAAUUUGCAAAUUCUCCGCGUCCUGAUCUUUGGGUCUUGGAAAGAUCUGUCGACUUUGGAAGCACCUACUCACCAUGGCAGUAUUUUGCUCAUUCUCGAAGAGACUGUUUAGAACAGUUUGGGCAGGAAGCAAACAUGGCUGUCACCCGGGAUGACCAGCUACUCUGUGUCACGGAGUAUUCCCGCAUCGUGCCUCUGGAAAAUGGCGAAGUGGUUGUAUCCUUAAUAAAUGGUCGUCCAGGUGCAAAAAAUUUUGCUUUCUCCGACACCCUGAGGGAGUUUACUAAAGCAACAAACAUCCGCUUGCGAUUUCUCCGGACCAACACCCUACUUGGUCAUCUUAUCUCCAAAGCAGAGCGAGACCCCACUGUCACCCGACGGUACUACUACAGCAUAAAGGACAUCAGCAUCGGUGGGCGGUGUGUUUGCAACGGCCACGCGGACGAAUGCACUGCGGACAACCCUGAAAACCAGUUCCGAUGCAAAUGCCAGCACCACACCUGUGGGGAGACUUGCAAUCGCUGCUGUGCUGGCUUCAAUCAGAGGCUCUGGCGGCCAGCUGCUCUGGGGCAGCACAGCGAGUGUGAAGCUUGCAACUGCCACGGGCAUGCCGUGGACUGUUACUACGACCCAGAUGUGGAGCUACAGCAGGCGAGCUUGAACAGCAAAGGCACCUAUGCCGGUGGGGGAGUCUGCAUCGAUUGCCAGCACAACACAGCAGGUGUGAACUGUGAGAAGUGUGCACAGGGUUUCUACCGGCCCUACGGAGUUCCAGUGGAGGCGCUCCAUGGCUGCAUCCCUUGCAGCUGUGGUCCGGAACGUGCAUAUGAGUGUGAGCAGGGCUCAGGCCGCUGUCACUGUAAGCCAAAUUUCCAAGGAGACAACUGUGAGCUAUGCGCAGAUGGAUACUAUAACUUUCCAUUUUGCUCGAGAAUUCCAGUCUCUCCUGUUUAUACUCUGAGUCUAGAAGACCCAAUAGCUGGCAAUAUAAAAGGUUGUGACUGUAACCUGGAAGGUGUUCUCCCAGAGAUAUGUGACGACCAUGGCAGGUGCCUGUGCCGCCCUGGGGUUGAGGGUCCCCGGUGUGAUUCCUGCCGCACAGGCUCAUAUUCAUUCCCUAUAUGCCAAGCCUGCCAGUGUUCGACUAUUGGAUCCUAUCCGGUCCCCUGUGACCCGGUGACUGGCCAGUGUGAAUGCCUGCCUGGAAUAACAGGAAGGCAGUGUGACAGGUGUCUCUCGGGAGCCUAUGACUUCCCUUACUGCCAAGGGCCCGGCAGUAUUUGUGACCCAGCUGGGACCGUUGACUCCAACUUGGGUUAUUGCCAGUGCAAGCUUCAUGUUGCAAGUCCUACGUGUAGUGUCUGCAAGCCAUUAUAUUGGAAUCUGGCCAAAGAAAAUCCCAGCGGAUGCUCAGAAUGUCAGUGCCACGAGGCAGGGACCGUGAGUGGAAUCGGAGAGUGUGGGCAGGAAGAUGGUGACUGCAGCUGCAAAGCUCAUGUCACUGGUGAUGCCUGUGACACCUGCGAAGAUGGAUAUUUUGCUUUGAAGAAGAGCAAUUACUUUGGUUGUCAAGGGUGCCAGUGUGACAUUGGUGGAUCGCUCACCACCAUGUGCAGUGGGUCCUCAGGAGAAUGCCAGUGUCGAGAGCAUGUCGUGGGGAGAAAGUGCCAGCGGCCUGAAAAUAACCACUACUUCCCGGAUUUGCACCACAUGAAGCACGAAGCUGAAGAUGGCGCUGGACCUAAUGGAAGAGACCUGCGCUUUGGAUUUGAUCCCCUGGUAUUCCCUGAGUUUAGCUGGAGAGGAUAUGCCAUGAUGACCUCGGCACAGAAUGAAGUAAGGAUAAGGCUGACUGCGAGGAAGUCAAAUCUCUCCUUGUUCCACAUUAUUCUGAGAUACGUCAACCCUGGGACUGAAGGAGUGUCUGGCCGUAUCACUGUUUAUCCAUCCCAGGCGAAGUCGGGCGCUUCUCAAAGCAAAGAGAUGAACUUUCCCCCAAAUAAGGAGCCAGCCUUUGUCACUGUCCCCGGAGAUGGCUCUGCAGACCCAUUCUCCAUCACCCCAGGGACAUGGAUCGCUUGCAUCCAGGUGGAAGGAGUCCUCCUGGAUUACCUGGUGCUGCUUCCCCGCGACUACUAUGAAGCUCUCGCCCUGCAAGUGCCAGUCACGGAACCAUGCGCCCACACAGGAUCGCCCCAGGACAAUUGUUUGCUUUACCAGCAUUUACCAGUGACCCGAUUCUCCUGCACCCUGGCUUGUGAGGCCACACACUUCCUGCUUGAUGGGGAGCCAAGACCUGUGGCAGUGAGGCAGCCCACUCCCGCACACCCAGCCAUGGUGGACCUCAGUGGGAGAGAGGUGGAACUGCACCUGCGCUUGCGGGUCCCGCAGAUUGGCCACUAUGUGAUCAUGCUGGAGUAUGUCACGGAGGUGGACCAACUUUCUGUGGUGGAUGUCAGCCUGAAGAGCCCAGGGUCUGCCUUGGCAGGCCAGGUGAACGUCUACAGCUGCCAGCACAGCACUCUUUGCAGGAGCAUGGUGAUUGACAGUCGGAGUCGUACGGCUGUGUACCAGCUCUUGGCAGAUGCAGACAUUCGGCUCAAGGUGCACACGGCCAAGUUCCUCCUGUAUCAGGUCUGUAUUAUACCCACUGAAGAAUUCUCAACUGAAUAUUUGAGACCUCAAGUCCACUGUAUUGCCAGCUAUGGACCGCUUGCUAAUCCAAGUGUCACCUGUGUCCCCCUGGCCCACGAAACUCCUCCAACAGCCGUAAUUUUGGAUGCUCCAAGAGGUGGCCCUCUCCCUCUCCUGUCUCAGGAGUCUGCCCCUCCUGCAGAUGGUGUCACCCUGAAGGCACCACAGAAUCAAGUAACCCUGAGAGGACUGAUACCACACCCGGGCCAACAUGUCUUUGUCAUCCAUUUUUAUCAAACAGAACACCCAACAUUCCCCAUAGAGGUCUUUGUGGAUGGAGGAAGACCACGGUCAGGUUCCUUCCUUGCCUCCUUUUGCCCUCAUUUACUGGGCUGCCGGAACCAAGUGAUCUCCAAUGGCCAGGUGGAGUUCGACAUCCCAGAAGCAGAGGUAGCUGUGACGGUGAAGGUUCCAGAAGGAAAGUCCUUAACGCUGGUCCGUGUUCUAGUGGUGCCGGCGGAGAAUUAUGACUACCAAAUACUUCACAGAACAUCAGUGGACAAGUCCUUUGAGUUCAUCAGCAAUUGUGGAGGAGAGAGUUUUUAUAUUGAUCCCCAGGCAGCCUCUGGAUUCUGUAAAAAUGCGGCAAGGUCCCUGGUAGCCUUUUACCAUAACGGUGCUCUGCCUUGUGACUGUCACCCUGCUGGGGCUGCCGGCCAGCACUGCAAUCCUGAGGGCGGACAGUGCCCUUGCCGGCCCAACGUCAUCGGGAGGCAGUGUACGCGCUGUGCAACAGGCCACUAUGGAUUUCCACACUGCAAGCCUUGCAACUGUGGCAGACGCCUUUGUGAAGAGGUGACGGGGAAGUGCCUCUGUCCACCCCGCACAGUCAGACCCCAGUGUGAAGUCUGUGAGGUGAAUGCCUUCAACUUCCACCCCCUGGCUGGCUGUGAAGCCUGCAACUGCUCCAGGAAAGGCACUGUCGAGGCGGCCUUUUCUGAGUGUGACAGGAACAGCGGGCAGUGCAGGUGCAAGCCUAGAAUCACAGGGCAGCGGUGUGACAGAUGUGCUCCUGGCUUCCACCACUUUCCUGAGUGUGUCCCCUGCAGUUGUCACAGAGAUGGAACUGAGCCCAACGUGUGUGACCCAGGGACUGGGGCUUGUGUGUGCAAGGAAAACGUGGAAGGCCCAGAAUGCCAAGUGUGUCGCAAAGGAUCAUUCUACUUAAACCCUGCCAGUCCAAAAGGUUGCACCACAUGCUUCUGUUUUGGAGUGACUACUGACUGUCAAAGUUCACACAAGCGAAGAUCUAAGCUUGUAGACAUGAUGGGCUGGCGUCUCGAGACAGCAGAUGGAGUUGAUGUCCCUGUGUCCUUCAACCCCGGCAGCAACAGCAUGGUUGCAGAUCUGCAGGAGCUGCCAUCAUCAGUCCACAGUGCAUCCUGGGCAUCACCUCCCUCCUACCUAGGUGACAAGGUUUCCUCAUAUGGCGGCUACCUCACCUACCAAGCCAAGUCCUUUGGCUUACCUGGUGACAUGAUUCCUUUGGAAAAGCGGCCGGAUGUACAGCUUACUGGUCAGCACAUGUCCAUCAUCCACACGGAAUCCAGUGACCCAAGGCCAGACAGGCUGCAUCAUGGAAGGGUACAGAUGGUUGAGGGGAACUUCAGACACGCUGGCAAUGGUGCCCCGGUGUCCCGGGAAGAGCUGAUGACGGUGCUGUCCCACCUGGAAGGACUAUACAUCCGGGGCCUCCACUUCACUGAGACACAGAGGCUCACUCUGGGUGAGGUGGGGCUGGAGGAGGCCUCCGACACAGGAAGUGGACCCAGAGCGCAUCUUGUGGAGCUGUGUGCCUGUCCCUCUGACUACACAGGUGACUCAUGUCAGGGUUGCCGUCCUGGAUACUAUCGGGACAACAAAAGCUCGCCCGCGGGAAGAUGUGUCCCCUGCAAUUGCAAUGGACAUUCAAAUCGCUGCCAGGACGGCUCGGGGAAGUGCAUUAACUGUCAGCACAACACCGCUGGGGAUCACUGUGAGCACUGCAAGGAAGGUCACUAUGGAAACGCCAUCCGCGGAUCCUGUAGGGUGUGUCCCUGCCCUCAUACCAACAGUUUUGCCACCGGCUGUACUGUGGAUGGAGGAAAUGUGAGGUGUGCCUGCAAGCCCGGAUAUACAGGAGCACAGUGUGAGAGGUGUGCACCAGGAUAUUUUGGGAAUCCCCAGAAAUUUGGAGGUAGCUGCCAACCAUGCAAUUGUAACAGCAAUGGCCAGUUGAGCACUUGUGACCCCCUAACUGGAGACUGUGUCGGCCAGGAGCCCAAAGAUAGCAGCCCUGCAGAAGAAUGCGAUGAUUGUGACAGCUGUGUGAUGACGCUCUUGAAUGACUUGGCCAGCAUGGGUGAGGAGCUCCGCCUAGUGAAGUCAAAGCUGCAGGGCCUGAGUGUGAGCGCCGGCGCCCUAGAACAGAUCCGGCACAUGGAGAUGCAGGCCAAGGACCUGAGGAGCCAGCUGCUUGACUUCCGCUCUGCCAUCUCAAGUCAUGGGUCCAAAAUGGAUGGCCUGGAAAAAGAACUGAGCAAUCUGAACAGUGAAUUCGAAACUUUGCAAAAAAAGGCACAAGUCAAUUCCAGAAAAGCACAAACAUUAUACAACAACCUUGAUCAGACGAUGCAAAGCGCCAAAGAAUUGGACACGAAGAUUAAAAACGUCAUCCAGAAUGUGCACAUUCUCCUAAAGCAGAUCGCUAGGCCAGGCGGAGAAGGCAUGGACGUGCCCGCGGGUGACUGGUCCAGGCAGAUGGCAGAAGCCCAACGCAUGAUGCAGGAGCUUCGGGGCCGAGACUUCAGAAAACACCUCAGAGAAGCAGAGGCUGAGAAAGCAGAAGCCCAGCACUUACUGAACCGGGUCAGGGCCUGGCUGGAAACCCACCAGGUGGAAAACAACGGACUGCUGAAGAACAUUCGGGAUUCCUUAAGUGAUUAUGAAGUCAAACUUCAGGAGCUGCGCGCUGUCCUCCAGGACUCAGCUGCCCAGGCAAAGCGGGCCACUGGCCUCAACCGUGAAAAUGAGGGGGCUCUGGGAGCCAUCCAGAGACAAAUGAGAGAAAUGAAUUCUCUGAAGAACGACUUCGCCAAGUACCUGGCCACGGCAGACUCUUCCCUGCUGCAGACCAACAGUCUACUGCAGCAAAUGGACAAAAGUCAGAAGGAGUACGAAAGCUUGGCUGCGGCUUUAAAUGGAGCCAGACAGGAACUAAGCGGCAAAGUGCGAGAACUCUCCAGGUCGGCCAGCAAAGCAUCCGUGGUGGUGGAGGCCGAGAAGCAUGCGCAGUCUCUACAGGAACUGGCCAAGCAGCUGGAAGAGAUAAAGAAAAAUACCAGCGGGGAUGAGCUGGUACGCUGUGCUGUGGAUGCUGCCACUGCCUAUGAGAACAUCCUCAGUGCCAUCAGAGCAGCGGAAGAUGCAGCCAACAAGGCCACCAGCGCCUCGGAGUCUGCCCUCCAAACACUGAUAAAGGAAGAUCUUCCAAGAAGAGCUAAGACCCUGAGCUCCGACAGCGAUGAACUGUUAAAUGAAGCCAAGGUCACACAGAAAAGGCUCCAGCAAGAAGUCAGUCCAGCUCUCAACAGGCUGCACCAAACCCUGAACACUGUCUCAGUUCAGAAGAACCUGCUGGAUGCCAACCUCACUGCUGCCCGGGACAGUCUUCAUGGGUUACAGAGAGGUGAUACUGAGGGUGUGAUCCACGGUGUGAGGAGCAUGGUCAGGAAGGCCAAUGGCGUAACAAGCGAGAUUCUGGAUGGGCUCAACCCCAUCCAGACAGACUUGGGACGAAUUAAGGAUAGUUACAGAAGCACACGACAUGAGGACUUCAGCAAUGCUCUGGCCGAUGCCAACAAUUCAGUAAAGAAAUUAACCAAGAAGUUGCCUGAUCUUUUUAUCAAGAUUGAAAGUAUCAACCAACAAUUACUGCCCCUGGGAAAUAUCUCUGACAAUGUGGACCGAAUCCGAGAACUCAUUCAUCAGGCCAGAGAUGCUGCCAAUAAGGUUGCAGUUCCCAUGAGGUUCAAUGGUAAAUCUGGUGUCCAAGUCCGGCUGCCAAAUGACCUAGAAGAUUUAAAGGGAUACACAUCUCUGUCUUUGUUUCUCCAAAGACCCGACUUACGAGAGAACGGGGGCACUGAGGACAUGUUUGUGAUGUACCUCGGAAAUAAGGAUGCCUCCAAGGACUACAUCGGCAUGGCAGUUGUAGACGGUCGCUUGACAUGUGUCUACAGUCUAGGGAAUCGAGAAGCCGAGGUCCAGGUAGACCAGGUGCUGACGGAGAGUGAGAGUCAGGAGGCGGUUAUGGACCGAGUGAAGUUCCAGAGAAUUUAUCAGCUUGCAAAACUUAAUUACACCAAGGAAGCCACAUCCAAUAAACCCAGAGCCCCUGAGGUCUAUGACAUGGAGGGCGACAGCAGCAACACACUCCUUAACUUGGAUCCAGAGACUGCUGUGUUCUAUGUCGGAGGCUACCCCCCGGAUUUUCAACUGCCUAGCAGACUGAGGUUCCCUCCAUACAAGGGCUGUAUCGAACUAGAUGACCUCAAUGAGAAUGUUCUGAGCUUGUACAACUUCAAGACAACUUUCAAUCUCAACACAACUGAAGUGGAGCCUUGUAGGAGGCGCAAGGAAGAGUCUGACAGAAACUACUUUGAAGGAACAGGCUAUGCCCGCAUUCCCACUCAAGCCAACGCUCCCUUCCCAAGCUUCAUCCAGACCAUCCAGACGACUGUGGACCGAGGUUUGCUGUUCUUUGCAGAACACCAGGAUAAAUUCAUAUCCCUGGACAUAGAAGACGGCAGUCUCAUGGUGAGAUACAAACUGAAUUCAGAGCCACCCAAAGAGAAAGGAAUUCAAGUCACUGUCAACAACGGGCGAGAUCAUACGAUUUCGAUUGCAAUUGGAAAAUCAAGAAAACUCAUGUGGAUAUAUAUGCAUGACCAUGACCAUAAUAUAAAAAUUGAAGGGGAAAUAUUUGAUUUUGGCACAUAUUAUCUGGGAGGAAUUCCAAUUGCAAUCAGAGAGAGGUUUAACAUCUCCACUCCUGCUUUCCAAGGCUGCAUGAGGAAUCUGAAGAAAACCAGCGGUGUUGUUAGGUUGAAUGAUACUGUGGGUGUAACCAAAAAGUGCUCUGAAGACUGGAAGCUUGUGCGAACUGCCUCGUUCUCCAGAGGAGGACAGAUGAGUUUCACAAACUUGGAUGUGCCCUUGCCUGACCGCUUCCAGCUGUCUUUUGGGUUUCAGACCUUUCAGCCCAGUGGUACACUACUAAAUCAUCAGACACGGACAAGCAGCCUGCAGGUCACCCUAGAAGAUGGUCACAUUGAAUUGAGCACCAGGGACAGCAGUGGCCCGAUUUUCAAGUCUGCACAGACCUACAUGGAUGGCUUACUACAUCACGUGUCUGUAAUAAGCGACACCUCAGGCCUCCGAUUCCUCAUUGAUGACCAGGUUAUGAGAAGGAACCAAAGGCUCCCUGACUUCUCGAAUGCCCAGCAGUCCCUCCGCCUGGGAGGUGGUUAUUUCGAGGGUUGCAUCACUAAUGUUUUUGUCCAAAGGUUGUCACAGAGUCCCGAAGUCCUGGAUUUGGCCAGUAAAUCCACCAAGAAGGAAGCCUCCCUGGGAGGCUGCAGUCUAAACAAGCCUCCUUUCCUUAUGCUGUUUAAAGGUCCCAAGAGACUUCACAAGGCCAGGACUUUCAAUGUCAAUCAGCUGUUGCAGGAUGCACCUCAGGCCUCCCCGGGGAGCAUGGAGGCAUGGCACGAUAGGAAGUCCUGCCUGCCACCUCUCAAUACCCAGGCCACUCACAGAGCCUUCCAGUUUGGGGACAGUCCCACCAGCCACUUGCUAUUCAAGCUUCCUCAGGAGCUACUGAAACCCAGGUCACAAUUUUCCGUGGACAUAAAGACAACAUCUUCCAAAGGGCUGGUGUUUUACAUAGGCACCAAGAACUCCUUCAUGGCUCUUUAUCUCUCAGAAGGACAUGUCGUCUUUGCUUUGGGGGCAGAAGGAAAGAAACUGAGACUCAGAAGCAAGGAGAAAUACCAUGACGGGAAGUGGCACAUGGUUGUGUUUGGACAAAGUGGAGGAAGGGUGCACCUGGUUGUGGAUGGGCUAAGGGCCCAGGAAGGCAGUUGGCCUGGAAAUUCUACCAUCAUCCCCAGAGCACAGGUUUACCUGGGGUCGUCACCAUCAAGGAAGUUGAAGAGCCUCCCCCAGCACAGCUUUGUGGGGUGCCUGAAGAACUUCCAGUUGAACUCAAAACCCCUGGGUCCCCCCUCUGCGAGGUUUGGAGUAUCUCCCUGCUCAGGUGGCUCUUUGGAGAAAGGCAUUUAUUUCUCCCAAGGAGGAGGCCAUGUGGUCCUGGACAAUUCUGUGUCCUUGGGCCCAGAGUUUCAGCUCAUCGUCAGCAUUCGCCCGAGGAGUCUCACUGGGACCUUAAUACACAUUGGAAGUCAGUCUGGACAGCGCUUAAGUGUUUACAUGGACGCAGGAAAGGUCACAGCCUCUAUGAACAGUGAGGCAGGCGGGACCUCGACAUCAAUCACACCAAAGCAGUCUCUGUGUGAUGGACAGUGGCACUCAGUGACAGUCUCCAUUAAACAGCAUGUCCUGCACCUGAAACUGGACACCGACAGCAGCUACACAGCCGGGCAGCUUUCCUUCCCCCCUAACAGCACCCGAAGGGCACUGCACAUCGGAGGGGUCCCAGACAAAUUGAAAAUGCUUACGCUCCCUGUGUGGAACUCAUUUUUUGGCUGUCUGAAGAAUAUUCAAGUCAACCACAUCCCUGUCCCCAUCACUGACGCCACAAAAGUUCAGGGAUCCGUCAGCCUGAAUGGUUGCCCUGACUACUAACCCUGCACAUCGAGAGAAUGCACCUUUGAAAGCACAGAGAACCCAACGUAUCUCCCUUCCCCAUUCAAAAUCAGGACACCAUCAGCACACAUUCAAAAACCAAUCUCAUUUUUAAUUCCAAGCAUACAGACACAUCGCUUUGCUAUUCAUUGCUACACAUGUAUUUUUUAUAAAAAUCCCAUUUCUUGAAGAAAAUGAACAAUUGUUAAAAUGCACACAAAGCUUUUGUUAAUAUUGUUUUUUCCACUAAGAAUUAAAUGCAUUUUAGAGAAACACUUUUUCCCAAUUGGUAAGAAGAAAAUCUUGUUUAGAGCACUUUAUGAAUACAAAACUUUAAAAUA